CUUGAAAGUUGUAGUUUUCGAACGCACCAAUAGGGGCGUAAAACAAUCCGCCAUCUUGUCCCAGUGACAAUUUAGAUUUUAUUUAAUUUAACCCGUAUAUAUUUAUUAAAUCCGUUGACAAAAGUGAUAUUUACCAAGCUGUGUAGUGUUUUCAAAGCCUGUGAUAUUUUAGUGUCCGAAUAUUUUUUGUUAGCAUAAAUAUCUCGAAGUUAUUGUUAGUCCGAUUUUGACGUCGAACGAAGUAGAUAAUCAAAAUGGGCACAAGAGAGGACGAAUACGAUUAUUUGUUCAAAGUUGUUCUCAUAGGGGACUCAGGAGUUGGUAAAAGUAGCUUGCUGUCGCGUUUCACUAGAAAUGAAUUCAACUUAGAGUCAAAAUCCACAAUAGGUGUGGAAUUUGCAACAAGAAGUAUAGAGGUGGACGGUAAAACCAUAAAGGCUCAGAUCUGGGACACGGCGGGCCAGGAGCGGUACCGUGCGAUUACACAUAAUCUGGUGUUAAUUUUAAAAUAUUUUGUCAACAGAUCCAUCCCGACAGAAGAAGCGAAAGCGUUCGCGGAGAAAAAUGGUCUUAGUUUUAUUGAAACAUCGGCCCUCGACUCCACCAACGUGGAGCCUGCAUUCCAGAAUAUUCUAACUGAAAUCUACAGGAUCGUGUCUCAGAAGCAGAUGCGCGAGCCGCCCGAGGGCGACGUGAUCCGGCCGGACGCGGAGCCGGCGGACGUGCGGCCCGCCGCGGACUCCGUGCGCAAGCAGUGCUGCCAGUAGACACUAAAGUCCAGUUCACGAUGGAGCCGAGGAGAGAAAGAAUGGAAUACAAAAGGAAUAAAGGCAAGAAUCAUUCCCGGACAGUGCAGUGCGCGGCGCCGCGCGGACUCGCCCGCACUCGCCGCACUCGCCCGCACUCGCACAGCGGCUCAUGUAGAUAGCUUUGUGUAAUUAUUGAUAUUUAGUGUCGGAACGAAUAAAGUUAAAAAUAUCUAUAUAAUAAUUAUUAUAAUGUGAGGAAUUCGUUGAACACAAUGUAGUAUGAAUCCAAGUUGAAAUUAUUGGGAUGCACGUCAAAUCUUUUAUUUUCUUUACGCGCUUUCGAUGAUCGUUUUCACAGUUUUAAUUCGUUCCCUGUUGUUUUAUUUGAAAUGCUAUUUCGUUUGGAUAGUAGAUAAUUCAUUAUAUAUUUAUUUAGUUAAUAUUAAUAGCCUAUCCGGCAUAUGAAAUUGAAACACCAAUUUGAUAGCUAUCGAAGGAUGCAAAAACGUUGGCUUGAUGUUUAUAAAUAUAUAUUGGAAGAUGUUAUAUAGCACACAAAUCGUCGCUUCGUGAUUCAAAUAUGUCUAAUUCAUUUUUUUUGUAUAACAUUAGCCGGUAGUAUAACUAAGAGAUAGCUUUUUUAAAAUGAUCAUUUU